UCAGAAAACGCGCUGUUAGCGUUGCGUAGGACUCUACUCUGUCUCUACUUACACCUCCUCUUUCUACCUCAGAUGGUUCUUUUGUUUUAAAACUAGUAGUGAAUAUACAGAAAUUAUAUUUUUGCUACAAUGUCAGCUCCCGCUCCCACGUCGCCGCCGUCGACGAACUCAACGGCUCCACCUCCGGCCACCCCUGCCGCCCCUCCACCAGCCACUCCCUCUGCACCACCUCCUGCUACUCCUGCAGCACCUCCACCAGCAACCCCAUCACCUCCACCACCAGCUGCUACUUCACCAGCUCCAGCCGCAUCAUCCUCUCCGCCGCCGCCUUCUACUCCUUCACCUUCUCCACCUGCUCCUCCUCCUCCAUCGGCCACCUCUCCUCCGCCUUCAACCACACCGUCUACCCCUUCUCCGCCUUCAACCACGCCCUCUCCUCCUCCGCCUUCUAGAACACCGCCUCCUCCAGCCAAUUCUGGAACCCCGUCUACCCCUAGCACUAAGAGUCCACCUCCACCGUCUUCUGCUAGUCCACCUUCCACGAAUUCCUCGGGGAUAUCGACAGGGGUGGUAGUGGGGAUAGCUAUUGGAGGAGUGGCCAUUCUUUUAGUUUUGAGUUUAUUGUGCCUUUGUUUCAGGAGGAAGAAGAGGAGGAACGAUGAUGAGGCUGUCUAUUAUGUCCCUCCACCUCCUCCUGGGCCUAAAGAUGGCCCUUAUGGUGGUCAACAGCAGUAUUGGCAACAACAUGCUCCUCCUCCAGAUCGUGCUGCCGCAAUGCCGAAACCUAGUCCUCCACCACCAGUUGCUUCAAGGCCACCAUAUCCUCCUGAACGUGUUUCAAUGCCUCCACCACCACCUCCACCGGCUUUCAUGAACUCCAGUGGUGGCUCUGGCUCCAAUUAUUCUGGCUCUGAAAACCCACUCCCACCACCUUCUCCAGGCCUUUCUUUGGGUUUCUCAAAGAGCACAUUUACCUUUGAGGAAUUAGCAAGGGCGACUGAUGGCUUCUCUGAUGCUAACCUCCUUGGUCAAGGUGGUUUUGGGUAUGUGCACAGAGGUGUCCUUCCAAACGGAAAAGAAGUAGCUGUCAAACAGCUAAAAGCUGGAAGCGGGCAAGGGGAGCGUGAAUUCCAGGCAGAAAUUGAAAUCAUUAGCCGAGUGCAUCACAAACAUCUUGUUUCGUUGGUUGGGUAUUGUAUUACUGGGUCUCAGAGACUGCUUGUUUAUGAGUUCGUGCCAAACAACACUUUGGAGUUUCACUUGCAUGGAAAGGGUCGACCUACCAUGGAUUGGACUACAAGGCUCAGAAUUGCUUUGGGGUCUGCAAAAGGACUUGCAUACCUUCAUGAAGAUUGUCAUCCCAAGAUCAUUCAUCGUGAUAUUAAGGCAGCUAAUAUACUUUUAGAUUUCAAAUUUGAGGCAAAGGUUGCAGAUUUUGGCUUAGCAAAGUUCUCUUCUGAUGCUAAUACACAUGUCUCCACCCGGGUGAUGGGAACUUUUGGGUAUCUGGCUCCAGAAUAUGCAGCAAGUGGUAAACUAACAGAUAAAUCUGAUGUAUUUUCCUUUGGGGUUAUGCUUCUGGAGUUGAUUACUGGACGUCGCCCUGUUGACUCUGCACAGACUUUCAUGGAGGACAGUUUGGUGGACUGGGCAAGGCCUUUACUCACACGAGCUUUAGAAGAUGGGAACUUUGAUACUCUAGCAGACCCAAAACUGCAAAAUAGUUAUGACAAUAAUGAGAUGGCUCGCAUGGUUGCUUGUGCUGCUGCUUGUGUGCGUCAUUCAGCCCGGCGUCGACCACGUAUGAGUCAGGUAGUCCGAGCUCUAGAAGGAGACGUGGCUCUGUCUGAUCUUAAUGAAGGAAUGAGACCUGGACACAGUAGUUUAUACAGUGGCAGUUCAGACUACGACACCAGCCAAUACAAUGAGGACAUGAUAAGAUUCAGGAAGAUGGCACUGGGAAGUCAGGAGUACGGUGCUAGUAGUGAAUAUAGUGGACGAACUAGUGAAUAUGGUUUAUACCCUUCCGGCUCAAGCAGCGAAGGUAAGAAUACCCAAGAAAUGGAAAUGGGAAAGAUGAAGAGAAACAGCCAAGGUUUAAACGGAAGUUCACGGUAACAGAAGCCUCAAUUUUUCUGUAAAGAACUAGACGCCUCCUCGUUCUCACUCACUGUCACCCUCACUUAGACGUCACAUUUAUCGAUCCCAAGAAUGGCAUGUUUCAGAUGUGAUAACAUAUACAAUUCUUUUUUCUUUUUUGGUUUUCGCCCCCUGAUUUUGAGUUAUCAGUUUUAAUAUGUAUCUAUCAAUGUUUAUAAACGAACACAAGAGAAAAUGAAACUACAGGCUUGAUUCUUUUAUUCA